GCCUGAAGGAGAAAGGAAAGAAAGAGUCCUCCAGCUUCCCUCCCUCCUUCCCAUCUACUCUCUUUGAUUCAACCUCAAACUCUGCGUCCAAUCCAACCACCUCCAAAUUCAAAUCCCUAAUUCCUGAUUCCUAAUUUUCACUCAUCUCACUCUGAUCUCUGAUUCUUCCUUCUUCUUCCGCCCCCUCUCCCACAUUAAAGUUCCACUGGCCCGUCCCGUUCCGAAAGUUUCACCACUGUCGGCGGAGGAGUUUCCAGAUUCAGAUCAACCGUAUAUUCAUGCCGGUCUCCCUGCCUCCCUUCUCAUUGCAUCAAGCAAUCGCGGUCUCACUCACUGUCUUCUCUGGUAUUCGCUCUACUACCGGCAUUUCGAUUUUCCAGGUUUAAGUUACUAAUCAGGCUAAGAGAGGUUCCGUUUCUGAUGUUUGAGUUUAGUUUUGGGGUUGGCAAUUGCGCUGAUGUGAGAGCAGUUUAAUCGUCUGGAUAGUGCGAUCCUGGUUGGAAACUCCCCUGUGUAUGGUAAUCCCCGCUACUGGGAAGAUCCUCGUGCUUUCUCUCUUGUUCCCGGGGCUUAGUUGCAGUGAUGGGAGGACUAGGAGCAGCGUUUCUUUAGUUUUUCUUAGGGGCGCGGCCUGCAAUGCUUUGAAACGGAGGACUCUGGCACUGGAAUAUUCUCGUCGCCUGAUUGUGCAAAGAUGGUGCUUGGUAAAAUAGCAGCUGCGGUUUCUGCUGCGACUAGUCGCCUCUCUUUUUCAGGAUCAAACUCUGCUUCUGUCCCGUAUAUGUCAACUGGGGUAUCUCCCCCUCCUACAGAAGCCGCUGAUCAUGGAUUUUCUUUCUCCAGCCCUGCACAAAGCAAGGCCAAUUUGAGGCUCUCGUCAUCACUGCAAGACUUGUCAUCGUAUAGGCGACUUGAUCCCGAGGAAGGGGACCCUCUGAAGUUUGGGGUUGAUAAGAAUGUCCGUUUGCUACAGAGAGAGAAUGCUACUGCUGCAAGUUUUUCUAAAGAGAAAGGACUGCCACCUGCAACUCCUUUCCUUCGGAGGAAAUGGGUUCGGGCGCUGUUGGUGUUCUUGUGCCUGCUAUCGCUUACUUUCUUAACUUACUUGAUUUCGUUAUACGUUUAUUCUUACUGGUCUCAAGGAUCAUCCAAGUUCUAUGUUGUUCUUGACUGUGGAAGUACUGGUACUCGUGUGUUCGUAUAUCAGGCAUCCAUUGAUAACAAAAAAGAUGGUAACUUACCCAUUGUGGUGAAGUCUUUUUCUGAAGGUGUUUCUCGAAAGCCAACCGGACGUGCAUACGAUCGAAUGGAAACUGAACCUGGGCUUCAUAUGUUGGUGCAUAAUACAUCUGGAUUGAAGUCUGCUCUAAAACCACUUGUUAAGUGGGCCCAGAAGCAAAUUCCAGCGGACGCACAUCAGUCAACCUCACUUUUCCUCUAUGCUACUGCCGGGGUACGCAGGCUUCCUAGAUCUGAUUCGAAAUGGCUGCUAGAUAAAGCAUGGUCUAUACUCAAUGAAUCUCCAUUCUUGUGUCAACGAGAAUGGAUUAAGAUUAUCAGUGGCAUGGAAGAAGCUUAUUUUGGAUGGAUAGCCUUAAAUUAUAGAACUGAGGUACUGGGAGCUAGUCCGAAGAAGCCAACUUUUGGCGCUCUUGACCUGGGGGGCUCAUCAUUGCAGGUCACUUUUGAGGGUGAUAAACAGUUCCGCAACCAGACUAACUUAAACCUUAGAAUUGGAGCUGUCAACCAUCGCCUCAGUGCCUAUUCUCUCGCAGGAUAUGGUUUAAAUGAUGCAUUUGAUAAGUCUGUUGUUCAUAUCCUAAAGAGGCUUCCAAAUGUUGAUUUACUCAGUAAUAAGGCUGAAAUUAAGCAUCCUUGCCUGCAUUCUGGCUACAAGGAGGAAUAUAUUUGUUCCCACUGUGGGUCUGACAAACAAGAUGGUGUUAGUCCUGUUAUCAGAGGAAGACAGCUUCGCAAGGCAGCUAAGUCAGGAGUUGCUGUUAAGAUUAUUGGUGCUCCAAAUUGGGAGGAAUGCAGUGCUCUUGCUAAAAUCGUUGUUAAUUUAUCUGAAUGGUCAAACAAAAGCCCAACAGUAGACUGUGACUUGCAACCCUGUGCUCUCCCAGAAGGUUUACCUCGCCCGUAUGGCCAGUUCUAUGCUAUCUCUGGGUUUUUUGUGGUAUAUCGUUUUUUCAACCUGUCCGCAGAAGCUUCCCUUGAUGACGUAUUGGAAAGGGGUCGAGAAUUCUGUGAACGGAAUUGGAAAUAUGCAAAAAGUAGCGUUCCUCCGCAGCCCUUUAUUGAACAAUACUGCUUUCGGGCACCGUACAUAGUAUCAUUGUUGAGAGAGGGCUUACACAUAACAGAUAGCCAAAUUGUUGUUGGUUCUGGUAGUAUAACUUGGACACUUGGGGUUGCACUGUUGGAAGCUGGGAAAACAUUUUCAACUAGAUUACGGCUUCAUAAGUAUGAAAUAUUCCGUAUGAAGAUACAUCCAGCCGUUCUCCUUGCCAUUUUGCUUAUGUCAUUGUUUAUGUUGCUAUGUGCAUUAUCAUGUGUUGGCAACUGGAUUCCGAGGUUUUUCCGGCGACCAUAUCUUCCACUUUUCAGGCAUAACAGUGCAUCUACCGCUUCUGUUCUCAACAUCCCCUCCCCCUUCCGUUUUCAACGGUGGAGUCCUAUGAAUACUGGUGAUGGAAGAGUGAAGAUGCCAUUGAGUCCAACAGUAGCAAGUGGGCAGUAUCGACCGUUUGGAUUGGGCCAUGGUCUGGGUGAGAGUGGGGUCCAGCUCAUGGAACCUGCCAUAUACACAGCGAGUGGCAGUGUUUCGCAUAGUUAUUCCUCCAACAGCUUAGGGCAGAUGGUUGAGAGCAGUAGCAUGGCUUCCUUCUGGCCCCCUCACAGAGGUCAGAUGCGCCUUCAGAGUAGAAGAUCCCAAUCUAGAGAAGACCUCACUUCGUCCGUCGCUGAUGCACAUAUGGUGAAGGUUUAGAUCAUCUGUCCCUUGAAACUAAUGGUAAGGAGAAACGAAAUCGGGAAAAUGAAAAAAGAAGUGGCAGCUGUAGAGGAAAUGGACUUUGUACAAGUGCCCAGCUCUUUUGUGAAGCAAGCUAGCGGGGUUGCAGUUUUACAGAAAAUUCCUGACAGGUGCUUGCACUAACCUUCCCUGUUUUGUUUCCCCACCGCAAAAAUCCUUGGUGCUAUUUUUACUUGCUCACUAGGCAACCUGUUCCCACAUGUAAGAUGCGACCUCAUUUUGAGAGAGAGAGAGACAGAGCAUUCAUUCCAGAGUCUGUUUUAGACAUGUUUUAGAUCUGCAGAGCAAAGGAAAGUAAAGGGUAGUGGGUUUUAGCAGAAAGGAAUAGACAAGUUGGUGGCAAGAGAUAUGCAAUACCUGUAUUUUUUUUUUUUUUUUGGUCAACUCUUGAAUACAUGGUGUUAGAAAUUGCUGAAGAAGUCAUUUGGUUGUAAUUGGGAGGGUGAAAUUCGUAAUUGACUGCAAUUGGACAAAUACAUUGUUUUUAGUGACACUUUGUGAUAUAAUUGAGUGCAAAAC